CGCCUCUUUUCGCUCUUCCACUCCUCGUUCUUUUUCUUCCUUUGAAACGUCAUUUGCAAGCAGUGACGCGUUUUUAACGGAUUCCACUAUAUCCCAACACACGUUUUCAUCACCACAUCUAUCAACAUGACUGGCCGUGGAAAGGGCGGAAAGGGCCUUGGCAAGGGCGGUGCCAAGCGUCACCGCAAGAUUCUUCGUGACAACAUCCAGGGCAUUACCAAGCCCGCUAUCCGACGUCUCGCUCGUCGUGGUGGUGUCAAGCGUAUCUCUGCCAUGAUCUACGAAGAGACCCGUGGUGUCCUCAAAUCCUUCCUCGAGGGUGUCAUCCGUGACGCCGUCACCUACACCGAGCACGCCAAGCGCAAGACCGUCACCUCGCUGGACGUCGUCUACGCUCUCAAGCGACAGGGCCGCACCCUGUACGGUUUCGGUGGUUAAGCGUAGGGACACGCGUGUUUUUUGCUCUUCUGCGCUGGGGUUAUAUGUGCAAAUAACGUGGACUCUUCUGUACUUUGUGAUCGAAAUGGCGUUGGGGGGAAUGGGCUUACGAGGAGGCGUCAUGGUAGACGACCUUACGUUAAAUGAGAAUACCACAUGAAUACAAAUACUAUAAUCAUAUU